UGGUUAUUUUUCGGUUAAGCUGCAUCAGAUUUGUGCGGGGAUUUGUUUGCUGGUGCUCCUUUUGUGUUGCAGUGUUAGGUUUUGGUGUGCUCCAGGUGUGUUCUUGGUGAUUUGAAGGGUGUGAGUGAUGCAAGGAGGUGUUGCGCCUGGUCACGGUGAGUGGUAACCUUUUCCUACUGCACCUCCCCCUUCAUUUUUUUUUUUUUUUUUUAUGUAUUUCCGGAACUUUGGCCUGGCAGGGAAGUGGUUGAAGGUUAAGGUGGCCAAGACGGGUGUUCUCGUCUCGUGCAGGGAAGCAGGUGCUGUGUCGCGCUAGAAUUACAGUCCAGUAAGGGAGCACCAUGAUCAGCGGGUUGUCCCCCGUCAGUCAGGCCCUGGUGGGGACCCUCUUCACCUGGGGUCUCACAGCUGCUGGCUCGGCUGUGGUCUUCUUUCUGGCAGGGACUAAGAGAAAAGUUUUGGAUGGAAGCCUUGGGUUUGCUGCUGGCGUGAUGACAGCUGCUUCUUUCUGGUCCCUCCUGGCCCCUGCCAUAGAGCUUGCUGAGACAUCAGGGUCCUACGGUGCUGAGGGGGAGUGGGCUUUCAUACCUGUAGCCUUUGGUUUCCUCCUUGGGGCUCUGUUUGUGUAUGCUGCAGAUGAGUUCAUGAGUUCUUAUGGGAUUCAGUCUUCCAGUAUUAUUAUGGGAAUCCAACCAGACAAGAAGAAAGAGGAUGAUGCAUACACAUAUGAGGCUCACACACCCUACCACCACCCCGCCAUGUCAAAUGUCAGUGCUGUAGGACAGGGCUCCAGUUCUAAUGCUUUCACCUUGGUCGACUUCAAUGACGUGAAGCAGCGGCGGGGUGAGGCGGGAAGCAGAGUGGUAGGUGCCAUGAAUGAUGAGGAGGACCAGAAUUAUGGCAAGCCCUCCAAACAUAACCUGUGGCGGCGAAUACUCCUGCUGAUCAUUGCCAUUACUGUACACAACAUUCCAGAGGGUCUGGCAGUCGGGGUUGGGUUUGGAGCAGUGGGCAAGACUCCUCUGGCUACCUUCACCAAGGCAAAGAACCUGGCAUUGGGUAUUGGGAUACAGAAUUUCCCCGAGGGCAUGGCCGUCAGUCUCCCACUGCGAGGAGCGGGGCACUCAGUGUGGUGGGCGUUUUGGUAUGGGCAGCUGAGUGGGAUGGUGGAGCCGGCCGCUGGGGUGCUGGGAGCACUGGCAGUGUCUUACUGUGAGCCAGUGUUGCCUUAUGCCCUUGCAUUUGCAGCUGGAGCCAUGAUAUUUGUGGUCAUGGAUGAUAUUAUUCCUGAAGCACAAAUGGGAGGCAAUGGGCGGUGGGCGUCAGGCUGGUGCAUCGUGGGAUUCAUUGUGAUGAUGGCCCUGGACGUGGCCCUUGGCUGAGGUGGUGGUGGGAGUGUGUCUUGCUGAUCCUCACUAGCAAUGCAUUUCUAUGUUAGCAAAUAUGAAACUAGUCUGUGGAGAAAGUAGAAAAAAUUUUGUGAUCUUACAAUCUUUAAAUGUGUGUAUAAAAACACAUCAAGCAUAACAUUUUAUCAUUGAUUGUUGUUUUGAUAUUUUCAUUGACUAUAACAUAUCUACUUUGUUGACUUGAAAAAUUAUCUUGUAAGUAAUCACAAGCUUAGUGCACCCAGCCAUCAUAGAAGCUUGGGACUGGCCUUUCAGGGACACAGACUAUAUUCACACAAUAUAACCUUUGGGGCUUGCAAGGGAGCAUGGUAUACUGUGAGUGGUGGUGCAUCCCAUGUGGUGUUGUGCAGAGCUGUGCCUUACAGAUGUACUGGUCUUAUGCCACACCAUCACACCAGGAACUAUGACACUGGUUGUGUGUGGCCAAGAAAUGUUCAGAAUAGUUACUUUUUAUUUCAAAGUGUCAUUUCUUAUUUUGUAUGGCAAGACUCAAAGCUGAGGCAGAAGAAUUGAAGCACCAUGGGUGUGGAUUAAGUGUGCUCUACCAUCUGUGCAGACCACUUCAGUGUAAAGUGAUUGUGCACACAAACUUUCUGCUGGUCUGACUGCUUCAAUGAUCUUGAAAUGAACAUUGUCCCAAAAUGUGGUCAACAGUGGACCUCUAGUGUGUUGACUUGUGAAGUGGCUCCUGAAGGUGUGAUGCAUCAGCUGAGUCACACUCAAUGCAGGCAUGCAAUCAUUGUGUACGUUUAGUUGAAUCUUGCUGUGGCCCAGGUAUGUUAGGGCAGGUGUGGAUAGUGCAGGAGUAGAGCAGCUGACAUGUAGCCGGGGAAUAAGGAUAAUAUAUUUGUUGUGCACUCAUCGUGCUGAUGCUCCCAUCCAUGCCAUCAGUACUACUCAGUUUCACUUGUGAUUAUCUGCUGUGAUCAUGCUGCAGCUACUGAAAUUUGUUGUGUCUGCAAAAUGUGAGGAAAUGCACAGGUAAUCUUUGAAAUUCUUGUUCACACUCUUCACAAAAUAGAGGCUUUGACAGAUAGUUGUGAUACCUUCAGAUUUCUUCUCAGGCAAAGUUUGUAUUCUUAAUUUCUACUUUUCCAUUUCUUUGAAGCUUUUUUUUUUCCCCUUGUAGUUAUUACUUCUUUUGAUAUGACAGAUAACAUCUGGUCUCUUGCUGUGAGAGUCCAACUUGGUGAUUUGUGUUUUGUAAUGACAUAUCAUAGGGAUAUGUGACAUCCCUUGGAGAACCCCAGAUAUGAUUACUUUAUCAUGGAGACAGUGCUUGAGUGUUCAGCACAGCAGUCCUUGAAUGAAAUGAAGCAGAAAGAGACUAAACAUGGCAUCUGAUCUGGUUGUGGACACAAGUUUUCAUUUUUGGAAAAAACCAGCCACCACUCAUAGCAUGAACUCAGGUAAAAUAGAAUCUCACUGUUGUGUAAGCAAAAGAAAAAGAAAAAAAAACCUGCCCUGGUUUAUCUCAUUCAGAUAUAGUUGUUCUCAGAAGGGCAUGCAAUCAUUGUGUACGUUUAGUUGAAUCUUGCUGUGGCCCAGGUAUGUUAGGGCAGGUGUGGGUUGUGCAGGAGUAGAGCAGCUUACAUGUAGCUGGGGAAUAAGGAUAAUAUAUUUGUUGUGCACUCAUCGUACUGAUGCUCCCAUCCAUGCCAUCAGUACUACUCGGCCAAUCAAUGAUUGUUGAUUGCUUUUAUUCUAUAAUUUUCCACAUGAGAUCAUUGGGGAAAAUUUGGAAGAAGUCCAUGUCAUAGUCAGCCUCACUGAGUGGCUGCACCCUCAGGCCAGUGUCAGAUGAAGAGGGUGUGCUGGUGCCCUUCAUGCAGUACCUUGUGUGUCAUGAUUGCCUUUCAUGUGCACUCUUUUGUGUUGGUCACAUCAUUCUCCAUGCCUCACCUUGCUCCAGCCCAGGGUCACCAGCAGCAGUGUGUUUUUAUAUGAGGGCUCAUCCAAUGUCCAGAUAUCCAUUACCACAUCUAUUAUGCUUUGAGAAGUAUUUUGCAUAGAAAACUUGUAGUAUAUCAUUUACCAUGAACACAUGUUUGUCACUAAGUAGUCUUUGCAACACCAUGUUUUGCAAAGAUUCUGCCAUCAUAUGUUUUGAUUUCCAAGGUAUUCUGUCCAACUAUUCCUCAGCUUCUCACUUACAGGCAUUUGCUUGCAUUUACCCAUCACUCUGUAGAUCCUCACCUUGUGUUGCUUAGCUUCUCAGUUUUACAAAAUUUGAAUCAGAAUGUUUCUGAAUAACUUCCUUUACAAUUUUUAUUGAUUUCCUCCAUAGCUUAUUUCAUUAUUUAUUCUCACAUAUUUGUUUUCUUUAAUAUUUCUGUAUUGUUUAGAAUUUUGUGUGUGGAAUGUGAUGAGUUUAAAGUGUACACAUGUCUAUGCAUUCCUUGUGUCAUAAAAAGGGGCAAAAGGUGAGGAGGGCUGGGAACCAAACUCUUGAUUCACAUAAACCACUAUUCUUUCAUGGAUGUGUUUGAAAAGACUUAAUGUAUAUCAAAUAUAUUUUUUUACUUUCAACCAUAAAAAUGGCUCUACUGUGCACUGAUAUUGUGCAUGGAGACUCAUCUUAGAUAUUGAAGGGUCCAGAAGGUUGAUGUGCUGUUCUCAGGAUAUGGCAAACUUGAUUCUCAGCAAGGAAGAAGAGGAUCACACAGCUAGUGCUUCCUUCCUUCACAAUUGACAGAAAAGUCAGAUAUCAUAUUAAUUUCUCAUCUAAGUUAGUAUGACCUUUGUCUUGUCUUAUUGUACAUGUUGUAAUGCUUAAUGCUGUAUCUGUACUGGAGCACAUGAUACAUCAGCUCACUGUGUACUGGAACAACACUUGAGUUGAGGUGGCCAGCAUCAAGCAGAGACAACGAUCAUUAUUGUACUGAUUAGAACAUUUAUUAUGAGUGGUGACAAGAUGAGAAAAAGAAAAAAAAUAAUAAAGAAGUUAGAAGAAUGAUAAAAA